UGAGUGAGCGGAGGGUUAUCUCUAUUCUCCAUGCUUUGGUAAGCACGAUCUGUGCAUUUGUCUCACGGCCCUCACCACUGUAUACUUGUUACCUAGCAACCAUUCCCUCGACACGUCGUCACGUGACCUUCUGUAAUCACUUCCGGGUCGGAACUGUACGGGAGAGGUUCACUUACUAUUGGUUAUCUCUAUUCCCCAUGCUUUGGUAAGCACGAUCUGUGCAUUUGUCUCACGGCCCUCACCACUGUAUACUUGUUACCUAGCAACCAUUCCCUCGACACGUCGUCACGUGACCUUCUGUGAUCACUUCCGGGUCGGAACUGUACGGGAGAGGUUCACUUACUAUUGGGCAGAGAUUGACCCAGACUCCUUUGCGUCUACUUCCAGUUCCGGUCAGGCAGCGUCCCCAUCAGCAGGAAGGAUUACUAGCUACUCGCAGCCAACAUCAGCCCUGAUAUUUGGAGGGCUCCUAUUCCCGCCGGCACUCCAGCAAGUCUGCAUUCUGGUCCUGCAGUCACUUUCCUGCCAAUGCUCACGGCGGAGCACCCGGACAACGAGCACUACCAGGCCACAUAUUUCCAGCAGUAGGAGUUUUUCUAAAGGACAGGACACCAACAGAAAUAUACUAAGCAAGAUUAUGAAGAAAUCUUUUAAUAAAAAGACCAAGGAUUCCAACUCUCCAAACUCAAGCAAUCUCCCAGAAUCCUGUAUGUCUACAAAGGAGAUAGGAAACAUAAACCCAAAACCUUUCUCGUGUUCUGAAUGUGGAAAAUGUUUUCGCUGGCAGUCACAAAUUGUAAUACAUCAGAGAAGUCACACAGGAGAGAAACCUUUCUCAUGUUUUGAAUGUGGAAAAUGUUUUAGCCUGUCCUCAAGUCUAAGAACACAUGAGAGAAUACACACAGGAGAGAAACCUUUCUCAUGUUCUGAAUGCGGGAAAUGUUUUAGCCUUAAGUCAUCUCUAGCUGCACACCAGAGAAAUCAUACAGGAGAGAAACCUUUCUCAUGUUCUGAAUGUGGAAAAUGUGUAAACAGCCAUGCACACCUUCUUGUACACCAGAGAUCCCACACAGGGGAGAAACCUUUCUCGUGUUUUGAAUGUGGAAAAUGUUUUAGCCUGUCCUCAAGUCUAAAAAUACAUGAGAUAAUUCACACAGGAGAGAAACCUUUCUCAUGUGCUGAAUGUGGAAGAUGUUUUAAUAGGCAUUCAACUCUAGUUACACAUUGGAGAACUCACUCAGGAGAGAAACCUUUCUCAUGUUCUGAAUGUGGGAAAUGUUUUACUCUUAAGGCAUCUCUAGUUGCACACCAGAGAACUCACACAGGAGAGAAACCUUUCUCAUGUUCUGAAUGUGGGAAAUGUUUUAGCCAGUACUCAAGUCUUAGUACACAUCAGAGUGCUCACUCAGGAGAAAAACCUUUCUCAUGUUCUGCAUGUGGGAAAUGGUUUAGCCAUAACUCCGCUCUAGUUGCACACCAGAGAAAACACACACUAGAGAAACCUUUCUCAUGUGCUGAAUGUGGGAAAUGUUUUAACAGCCAUGCACACCUUCUUGUACACCAGAGAUCUCACACAGGAGAGAAACCUUUCACAUGUUCUGCAUGUGGAAAAUGUUUUAGCCAGCACUCAGAUCUUGUUAAACAUCAGAUAACUCACACAGGAGAGAAACCUUUCUCAUGUGCUGAAUGUGGGAAAUGUUUUAACAGGCAUUCAAAUCUAGUUACACAUUGGAGAACUCACUCAGGAGAGAAACCUUUCUCAUGUUCUGAAUGUGGGAAAUGUUUUGGCCUUAGAACAUCUUUAGUUGCACACAUGAGAACUCACACAGGAGAGAAACCUUUCUCAUGUGCUGAAUGUGGGAAAUGUUUUAACAGGCAUUCAAAUCUAGUUACACACCGGAGAACUCACUCAGGAGAGAAACCUUUCUCAUGUGCUGAAUGUGGAAAAUGUUUUAACAGGCAUUCAAAUCUAGUUGCACACCAAAGAACUCACACAAGAGAGAAACCUUUGUCAUGUUCUGAAUGUGGAAAAUGCUUUAGCCAGUACUCAGCUCUAGUUGCACACCAGAGAAGUCAUACAGAUGAGAAACCUUUCUCAUGUACAGAAUGGAGAAAUAGUUUUGUUAGUAAACCAGAGUUUGUUAAUCAUCAGAUAACUCACACUGUAGAGUUUUUAUAAUGUGUUUAUGAAUUCACAUCGGAGUUAAACAACAAAUACUGUGAAUUGCUUUAUUGCUGUCAAAAGAAAUAAUACCUGUGAUAAUAGCAAUGUAUAAAUGAUGCAUUGGUAUUGCAAUUGUGUUAACUCUACAGAGCCCCUCUUUACUUUCCUCCCCUUUGAUAUUAAUGUUAAAUUUGAAAACUUCUGUGCCUUCCAUGCAUUCUUUCAUUUUGUUUAUUUUUUGUUAGUGUGAGAGUUAUUGCACAAAUUGUCUGGUUAUUUGAUGCUCCUCAUUUAUCAAUUUCACCUAACUAAUCUCUCCCAUUGAUUGGUUUCAUUUUCUCACCUAAUUUCUGCAUGCCUUUUCACCCCUAGUUUAUUGAUUUAUCUAACCCCAGACUCUAUCUUACUGUCUGUGACCCAAACAACAGCAUUCAUAAGUUUCACUCAGGACUCAGAGCUAAUAAGUGUUGCAGCCAAAGGCAUAUGGAAACAUGUCUGGCAGAUCAAGUCCAUCAAAACCCAUCUCCUCAGAUUAUGGUAUCCGAAAGUAACUGUUAUUUCACAAACCUAUUUUUCACAGUCCUCUUUUACCUUUUAAUUCUGCUACUUCCCACCAUGUUGCUUGGUUGCUAUGUGGAAAAUGUAAAGUCAGUAAAGCAAGUUUUGAAACACAUCAGAGAACUCACACAUGAGAGAAGCCUUUUUCAUGUUCUGAAUGUGGAAAAUGUGUUAUCCGUAAAGGAGAGCUUGUUAUACUUCAAAUAGGAGAGAAACCUUUCUCUUGUUCUGAAUGUGGGAAAUGUUUUAGCCUGCAUGUACACCUUGUUAGUCAUCAGAGAACUCACACAGGAGAGAAAUUGUGUGAUGUUUUUAUUGUUCCAAAUGUCAUUGUCAACUCUAGUAAAGUAGGAGGCAUCUAUGUAUUAAUUUGGGAAUAAAAUAUAUUUUACUCUGAAUGUGAGACAUUCUA